CUCUGGCGAUCUCGCGGGAGGUGCCCGGAGGGGCGGCCGUCGGAGCGUCUGCCCUCGCGUUCCCCGCCCUCGCCCCCGCCUCCGCCGCGGCUCCCGCCUCCGCUCCGGUCUUCGGCGCCUCGCCGCCGCCCCCACCCCGGCUCGGCCCGGCCCCCCGAGCGGCCGCGGAGACCGCGCAGCGCGGGAGGCGGGAUCCGCGCGGGCAGAGCGCGCCGGGCGAGGGCUCCGACGGGCCGGGCUGGCCGCGCGCUGGAACGCCGGUCCUGCCGCGAAACGCCGCGCCGGCGCGCCCGGGCAGACAGCGGCGUCGGGGACUCGCGCGGCGGAGCCCGCCGGCCGGAAACACGUCGGCAUGAGUUACGCAGAGAAGCCUGACGAAAUCUCAAAAGACGAGUGGCUGGAGAAACUCAAUAACUUGCACGUGCAGCGCGCGGACAUGAACCGUCUCAUCAUGAACUACCUGGUGACAGAGGGCUUUAAGGAAGCAGCAGAGAAGUUUCGAAUGGAAUCUGGGAUUGAACCUAGUGUGGACUUAGAAACACUUGACGAGCGGAUCAAGAUCCGUGAGAUGAUCCUGAAAGGCCAGAUCCAGGAGGCCAUCGCGCUGAUCAACAGCCUCCACCCCGAGCUGCUCGACACGAACCGGUACCUCUACUUCCACCUGCAGCAACAGCACCUCAUAGAGCUGAUCCGCCAGCGGGAGACCGAGGCGGCGCUGGAGUUCGCGCAGACGCAGCUGGCGGAGCAGGGCGAGGAGAGCAGGGAGUGCUUGACGGAGAUGGAGCGCACGCUGGCCCUGCUGGCCUUCGAUAACCCCGAGGAGUCGCCGUUUGGAGACCUGCUUCAUAUGAUGCAGAGGCAGAAGGUGUGGAGCGAGGUUAACCAAGCUGUCCUAGAUUAUGAAAAUCGGGAGUCAACACCCAAGCUGGCCAAAUUACUGAAACUCCUCCUUUGGGCUCAGAAUGAGCUGGACCAGAAGAAAGUCAAAUAUCCCAAAAUGACAGACCUCAGCAAAGGUGUGAUCGAGGAGCCCAAGUAGAGUGCGCCAGUGGCCCCGCGCUCCCCCAGCCUGGACUCCUCGCAGCGGCCGUCUGUGACGGAGACGUUUUUACUGCAGUAGAGAACUCUUCCCCUUCCCUCCCUUUUGUUCGUUCUUUUUUUUUUGACCUGGCAUCUUUUUUAAAGGGAAAAGUGGCCCUUUUAAGCGCUGGAAAACUUACCGUGAAUGGCACUGUCUCUUUGGAAGUGUGAUGCAGACUCUGCUGGCAGGGCGUGUGCAGACGGGCGACGGGGCGCUCCUGCCUCCGGCUCCCGGGGGAUUGCACCGGCCGAGUGCUCGGUCAGGAGGGAAUAUUGUGAAGCCGAGGCCUCCCGCUCAAAUCUGCGAAAAGCACUGAUUGUUAUUUUGCUUUCUGUUAGCUUGUAGGCAGAGCGUACGUUUUCUCAGAUCUCCUAAGACUCUCCAGGCCUCGGUGCAGAAGUUGUUUCUUACCCCUUGGUUUUGCGUUUUUGUUUUUCAUAGGAAAGACUAUAUAAAUUUGUAAAUCCUAAUUCACAGACUUUUUUCUUGUGUGAGGGCAUUGAGUUUGAUUUGUUUUCCCUUUCGGUCUGGGUUAUGUGGCUUUUGGGGAGAUGUGUGCCUGAGGGGUGGGGCUGUGUGUUUUUUAAUUUUUUAAAUAUAUAUUUUGGUGCUGGUUGUGGUGA